AGGAAAGGUGAAACCGCAUCGGAGAUCACCCGCCCCAAACGCGUUCUUAAGAACUUUAACCCGCGGAAGCGAUGCCCUCUCCGUGGAACUACUCAAAGCUACGGCUUGCCUAUCUUCGAAGCUUGCUGGUCCCCGUGCGGCGAACUGCGUUCCCGGUCCCCCACCCUACCUGCACCGCUGACUUGACUUCUUCCUCCUCUUCUUAUGCCUCCCUCACUGGCUUCCAUCGUUAGGGUUUUAUCAUCAAACCCCAUCUCAGAGAACUCACACUGAGUCAAAAACUGCAUCUUAGAAUUGCUCUAAUUUGUGCCGGGGGUUUUUGGCAAAUUACUCCGUCUCUCGUCAAUGUGCUGCGCUUCAUUCUAAUCCAAGGUUCCGCGGGCACAUUCUGAUUCAAUCUAACGCAAAUCAAUGGCGUCUGAUUUGUACUAUGAGGACUGAAUCUUGGCUCUGCUAUUUCAAUCAGUAGUAUUCGUACGGUUCGGACUAGUGAUGGCGGCUCCGAGGAACGUCGUGAUCGAAGCUGGGAGGCUGAGGGACGAGGAGAAUGCGGAAAGCGAGGAUUCGCCGACGAGCAAGAAGCCGGUGGGGGCAAAAUUGGAAGGGAAAUUUCCCAUGACGCGGUGGGAGCUAGCGGUGUCUGUGGGCGUCUUCUUGGUAUUCUCCACGGGUCUGUUCUGUAUCUAUCGAGCAAUGCCUGCUGCAGAGUAUGGUCGGAUCAAGUUGCCGCGUACCGUCGCUGAUCUCCGAGUGCUCAAAGAUCAUCUGGCCUCGUAUGCAAACGAUUACCCAGCACAGUUCAUUCUGGGUUACUGCUCAACUUACAUCUUCAUGCAGACAUUUAUGAUUCCUGGCACUAUUUUCAUGUCGUUGCUAGCUGGUGCUCUUUUUGGUGUCAUCAGAGGUCUUUUUUUAGUUGUUUUCAAUGCCACAGCUGGAGCUUCAUCCUGCUAUUUUUUGUCUAAGUUGGUUGGCAGGCCUUUUGUCAGCUGGAUGUGGCCUGACAAGCUGAGGUUUUUCCAGGCAGAGAUAGCGAAGCGAAGAGAAAAGCUGCUGAAUUACAUGCUGUUUUUAAGGAUAACUCCAACCUUACCCAACCUUUUUAUCAAUCUGGCAUCACCUAUUGUGGAUAUACCAUUUCAUGUCUUCUUUAUGGCUACAGUGAUUGGUCUCAUUCCAGCCUCCUAUAUAACUGUCAGAGCUGGCCUUGCUCUUGGGGAACUGAAGUCUGUCAAGGAUCUGUAUGAUUUUAAAACGUUGUCUGUGCUUUUCCUUAUCGGCUCUGUCUCCAUACUUCCUACCCUCCUGAAGAGGAAACGAACCUAUGAAUGAAAGAUUUCUUGCUGAGGCCCCUCCCCUUCCUCCUCGAAUUGGAGACCGCUCGAGAUAACAGUUCGACUGACUACUUCCGUAAUGUAGGACAAGUACAGGGCCCUGGUUGCAGAUCAUGUUUUUGCCUGUCAGCAAUCGCCAUCAUUGUUUGUUAUACAACAGUGAAUUCCUCUUUGCCACUACAAAAAUAUGAGGAAAAAAGAAAAGAAGAAUCCUAUUAUACUUUGAUUUAUUUAGGCAGUGAGGGCUAGGAAUUUUUUUCUAUAAAAUGUCCCCUUAUGUUUUCUUUAGGAAUGAAUGAUAAAAAGAAAAGGUUGUUGUGGUAGCUGUAUUAAAUUUUCUUGUCAUUGAAUCUCUUGUUCCAUUAUCAAUUAUGCUUGCAGCAAUGAGCUGAGGAAAGCACAUUUGAUUGUGAA